ACCAUUAAUGUGUACAGUACUCCAAAAGUUGUCUAUCAUUUAGUUGAAAAGAUGAAUUCAAUUGAGAUGAAGAUUAGAGGAGAGCUCGAAAGGGAUGUUGAAAGGGAUUUAGAGGAUGAAAUUAAAGAAGGAAUUUGCCAAUUAGCACUAAGAUUACAUAGGCUUUACAAACACCAAGAGGAAAGGAACACAAAGAAAUCAAUUGACGAUCAUGGUACAAGAGAUAAUACGCGAGGUACAAACACUAAAGCACUCUCUGAAGUGAACAUAAAUAUAAAGAUGGAAGGAGGGACAAAGAUUGAAAUAAAAGAAACCAAGAAAGAAGCACGUCGUCCGAUUUCUAAUAAGGCGUUGAAUAACAUGCAGAAAAUGGUUAGUACUCGUCCACCAAAAUUUGACUGGACACAGAGUUUAAGGUCUGGACAGACUCACAUCACUGGUUAUGAUAAGAUCGAUACUUCCAGAAAGCAGGUUAUAAAUAAGAAUGGUCAACAAAAUGUUAAAUUCAUCGAAAGUGCGGGGAAAAAAUCUACUAGAGGUUUGAAGUAGAGGGAAGGGAAUUUAAAAUUUGGAAGUCAAUAACACAAUGUUUUAAGUUUUAUUGUUGUUUGGUUUUUUUCUUUGACCCAACUUUGGGAUUUUAUUCUUGUUUGAUUUAGUAGGGUUACUAUAAUGCUGUGUGAUAUAAUAAACCUCAAGGAAUGGCAUUGACGAUGAUA